AAUGUUUUCGUUUUAAAUAGUGGUGAAAAUUCUGGUUCACGUGUAUUACUACUGUGGCCGGCAUAUUACUCGUGUUCAUGUUUUGUUAAGCACGACAUACUAUAGAUGUUUGUUAUGGAGGGUGUUGUGUUACUCGCUGCAUUGAAAUAACUUUGCCAUGAGCUAAGUUCUCUGUCAAUUUUUUUUUAAAGAGGCGAAUUUUUUUUAAAGUUGUUUACGGGGACACACAAAACGGGUAGAAGAUGUUCGUCCAGAUUAUCCUCCUUUGGAAUUUGGUUACACUGGCAUUUUCUGGCCAAGAAAGACUCGUGGUGCAAGCGCCCGUUGGAAAAAUCCUGGGACUGAAAGAAACUGCCGUCAAUGGAAAAAUGUUUUGGUCGUUUAGAGGGGUCCGGUACGCCAAACCUCCACUGGGUCACCUCAGGUUCGCCAAGCCGGAGCCCUACGUCAUCCAGGAAGAAAUCUUCGACGCCACAGCUGAAUGUGCUGCUUGCGUGCAAUCCGAGUUACUGCCUUUGAUGAAAAAGAACACAUCCGAAGACUGUCUUUUCUUAAAUAUAUUUUCUACGAAUCCCCAAAAUAUCCAAGGUCAAUUAAAAAAGGUCAUGAUCUGGAUUCACGGAGGUGGUUUCAUUUUCGGUUCUGCGAGUGAAUAUCAUCCCGGAAGUUACGUCACGGAUCAGGACGUCAUCGUCGUCGCGAUGAACUACCGGCUUGGGGUUCUGGGAUUUUUAACAACGGAGAACGAAGCAAGUUCAGGUAAUUAUGGUCUCUGGGAUCAAAUCCUUGCUAUCCAGUGGGUGAAGAGCAACAUCGCGGCGUUUGGCGGCGACCCAGACGACAUCACGAUUGCGGGGGAGUCUGCCGGGGCGGCGGCCGUCUCCAUUUUAUCGUUAAGCUCAGUCACAAAAGGACUUUUUACCAAAGCUUACAUGCAGAGUGGGACUGCAUUAACUCUGUUAAAUAGACCUAAGGAGUCAACUCGUCACGCACUGAGAGCGGCGAAAUUUUUAAACUGCUGGGAUAAACCAGACGACAUAGACAUUGAUUUAGCCACCGGAAACUUCAUCGUCGACUGCCUACGUAAGCGUUCAGCUAGCGAGAUCGCCAAUGUCCAAGUGAUGAUUGGUACAAAAAUUGUUUUCGUGCCCUAUAUAGAUGGUGUUAUAAUCCCGAAAUCCCCAAGUCAGUUGCUGCAAGACUCCGUAUAUUUGACAGCAAUUGGAUUCCCACAAAGGAAAUACCUCAUGGGUAUAAACAACAACGAAGCGAGCCUUGGGGACAUUCUUCUGCUUGUGCCCAGACAAUUCAUUUUCAAUCAAAACAACACAACAGCGGAAGAGAAAGACAAAAACUGGCACGAUUUUAUCGUCAGCUCAACCAGAGAUUUCAUAUCACAACGGUUAGAAGCAGACGAUAUUUCAGAAGAUCUUCUGCGCCAAGUUUACGGUUGGUAUGACGCACGAUACGGCGCGCAAUCAGUUUUUGUACAGUUGGCAGUCGAUGUCAAUUUUGUCCUGCCCAUGUUUGAUAUCCUGAACACCAUUUCAAGUCUGGGAUCUGAAGGGCGGUUGCUGUAUUUCAACCACUACCCCCGUUACAUGAAGGGCGCUUACAGGGGCACCCCGCACGCUUUGGACAUUGCCUACCUGUUUGACAUGCCCGUGGACUGGAUCAAGAGAAUCACCGGUGAUCAAAAUGGAGGCGUGUUUGAGGAAGAGGAUGAGAAGCUUAAAAAACUGUUUUCGUCAGUCAUCGGGGACUUUGUUAAAACAGGCAACCCAGAAAUAGCCACACGUCACGGUAUUACAGAAGGUUGGCCAAGUUAUGAUCCAGUAGGUGAUUACUACCUAGAAUUCAACCUUGAGCCUUCCAUUAAAAAAAACCUGGCAAGGGAUGUGAGAAAGUUGUGGAGUAAAGAAAUACCAGCUGGGCUCAAACAACACCAACACACGCACGGAGAGCUUUAGAUAAUAUUUAGAACGUACAUG